AUGACGUUCUACAAGAGUUCCCGCUCAGUACGCUACCAUCCAUAUAACAUGCCGACCAGCCGCUCGGUUGACAAGGCUGUCUCGAAAAUAAAUUUUCUAAAUGACGACAAUAAACGCCAAGAUUCUUCAGUUAUCUCCGUAUUCCAGGUGUCAUCGUCUGAGUUGCCGAUAGAUUCCGGAAAUGGUUCAUUAACAACAACCGUUUCAGAGCGUCAGAGUACACCAAGCGCGACAAACUGCUCGAUGACGUCACUAAAUUCCUUUUCACCAUCGUCAGUGAAUGCUGAAAGUGUAACACGUACCCCAACCAGUACAGCGCGUUCGUCUGGUUCCGUCAGCAGCUCGCCACAAACAUACACCGAGUCAGAAAGCAGUGGCGAUAAGGAAUCGGACAAGAAGUCUAACAAAUCUGCGAGAACCAAUUACACUAAAGAGCAGCUGAAGUCACUGAUGAAAAUCUUCCACGAUAAUCCGUACCCUGACUCGGAGAUGAUGGAGAACAUUGCCAAAGACUUUGGCGUCAAGGAUACCAACAUCAAGAUCUGGUUCCAGAACAAGCGCGCCAGGUGGCGCAGGCGAGUGGAGAACAUGAACAACUCGACUCAGUCAAACAUGAUGCACGUGACGCCGGUACCAUCACCAAUACAACCACAGUUGACUUCAACAGCGUCUCUGACACCAUACGCUCCGUAUUACCACACCCCGUCUUCCAUGACAACUAGUUGGUGUCCCACCCCAGCUGCAACGCAUCAAAUGAUGACGUCAACUCACGGCUUAAUGGCGUCCAAUACGUACAAACAGUUACCACAGAUGGUUACAACAGACGAUGUAAACACUGCUGUGCCUCUGCAACUUAACACAAACGAUGUAAACAGUGCUGUGCCUCUGCAACUUAUCACAUACGAUGUAAACACUGCUGUGCCUCUGCAAGUUUACCCCGACGAUGUAAACACUGCUGUGCCUCUGCAAAAUAACCCCGACGAUGCAAACACUGCCGUGCCUCUGCAAGUUAACACCAACUAUUUACACACUGCUGUACCUCUGCAAGUUAACCCAGACGAUGUAAACACGGCUAUGCCUCUGCAAGUUAAACCUUGCCUCUGCAAGUUAAACCAGACGAUGUAA